AUGUCGAAGCUCUGGAUAAUUAUUGCGGCAAUUUAUUUAACUAGGAUUUCGGUAUUAUGUCUGACACCAGACGAAAUCGAAGCUCAAAGAAGUGGCUGGAAUGUCGAUCCAAAUACCCAGUACCACAUACAAACUGACGAGGGACCAGAGAGAUACUUUCGAUUUCAAACACUCAAUGGACAAUUUCGUAAAGAAAAGAGACUCGAGGACGGUACUGUUGUCGGUACUGAAGGAUGGCUUGAUCCCCUAGGUUAUUUAAGAAUUAAAGAUUAUAUCGCUGAUCGCGAAGGCUUUAGAAUACUUAAAUCUAAAACGGUUUACGUUGGAAUCAAUCGACCGAUUGACGAAGCAGUGACCGCCAGUAAACGAGUACCGCCUACAAAUGGAGUUUUGGUUAAGCCACGACGACCUCCUAAUCCAUUUAGACAACCAGUAUUACAAGACUUUUCAAGCAACAGCAUCGAAAGUAACACGAUAAAACCAUAUCGAGCGUAUUCACCAGCAGAUUCACGAAGAUUCAUUGUACCUUCAACUCCAUCGUAUCCGCAUUCAAAUUAUUACUCAACAACAAUAAGACCAAUAGCAAUAGCCAAUGAAUUACCAAAGCCUACAACGAAUAAAUACAUUCGACCGUACCGAGUUUACAAUCGAUCUUACAGAAGAUCUUAUCCAUACGUUGGAUCACCUACUGUUGAAAUAGAACCACCAGAAAAUAAUAGCAAUAAUAAUAUUAUUAAUAGUAGUAAUAAUGACGAAGCAAUAAAAGGAACUCCAGAAUCAACAUUUGGACUUUAUCGGGCAGACAAUCGGCGAUACCGAGCUGCCCUAGCGUCAGGACGUUUUAACAGCACAUCUCGACAAGUACGCACCCGUCGACCCAAUUUCACAACUGAAAACUCCGACAGUCAGACAAAAGAAACAACAAGUCCCGUUUACUACACUCUACCGCCAGCGAAUCCACGAACCAGACAGGCGCGACUUUCUCAGGGGAUUUCAUCAACACCAGAAGAAUACGAAUUUCCUCAGUACGAUGGAACUCACACGACCGCUGAUGGUUUUCAGUAUUACCUAAAAACUCACUAUCAUGAAGAAGAGCAACAGCCCGAUAAAAGCGUCGGGUCAUUCGGCUACGUGGAUCCCUUUGGAAUCAGACGAGUUGUCUACUACAAAGCUGAUGGACAAAAUGGGUUUGUUCACAAGAAAAAUAAUCGGUAUGUAGGGUUCGACGCUACUCCAUACGAUCCCGUGCCACCGAAAUAA